UUGAGUAUCCUAUUAAAGUCAUUGUCCUGUUCAUAAUAAGAUGUUAUUUUCUACUAUCUGUAUGCUUAAAUCUAAAGUAGGUUCAUCCUGCUCUAUGAUGUAGGUUAUUUAAAAUGAGACAACUCAUUUUUGCAAAGUACUUUUUCCAAGCUCAUAAUAUGAAAAUGCCAAUUUGUUAUACUUUGGAAAUAAAAUUUGUGGUUUACCAUAAUAUUGAAAGUCAUUGCUUUAAAACAUAAAUGCAUAAUUUAUGUGUUUGUGGCUCACUGAUUCAGGGGGUAAUUGGCCAUAUGGACAAUACUAAAACAUAGACAGUUUUGAAAUAUUUGCCACAGUGUUUUGGUCCAUGCUCAUUCAUCUCAGGUUUUAUACAUAGAGUUCCUCUUAUCUGGAACUAGAGUUCUAGGUUUACUUUGCUCAUCUCCCAGUCAUCCAUAGGUGGAGUCCGGAGGUUGGAUUUUAAGAUAAAAACACCUCCAGACCACCAGUGUUUUCAUAAAUAUACUUACUUGCAAAAGGUCAAGAGACUUCUAGAGCGCCUGCAUUUCCAUGGUGAUGUGCAUAAACAAAUACAAAAAUGAGUCUCUGGAUGUGUGAUUAACAGAGCCAGGGCAGAGCCUCUCUAAUAUUUCAAAAGUUUCUUUUGUAAUAUCCAUGAUGGGUUCUUUCAGGGGAAGAGGAAGAUAUAAGAGUGCCUAAGGAAAGGACUUUGGUGCAGGAAAAAGACAUUGAGAAUUUGCUUUCUUGCUUUACUCUUGUGAGGAGAAAAAAGAAAAAAACAGGCAAUGUACUUAUUUUAUACUUAAUAAAUAUUUCGGAUCCAUUUACGCAUAAUUAGUGCAGUUACCACGCAUUUGUAAACUCCAAGGUGAAGGGGUGGAAAAGGAAACUGCAUUCCAGGUGCUGAGCUUGUCGCUAGCACAUCCCCGGAAAACCCCUCUGUGCUCACCACAGAUUAACUACCCUCUGUGCAUACUAUAUUUUUGUUCAGUUUUUCCUAUUCUCAGCCCGGACUGAAGCAGUCGUUAUCUGUGGCGGUGCCUGGGUGAUUUUCAAGCCGAGCACUACCCACCCAAGUAGCUGUGAUACCAGCUUUCACUGAAGCCUUAUUACUCUUAAAAGAGCAAUUUGGUUGGCUGCACGGCUAUUAGGAUCACACAGGCAGCCUGAAAGCUGUCAGUACAACUGCUUCUCAUCUUUUUCACACGGUCCUGACAUCUCUUCUCUUUUCUGCUGGACUCACAUUCCUGUUUUUAUCAUUUUCAAUCAAGUGCACGCAGGACGCUGAGGAAUAUUCCCACUGAAAGCAAAGUGGAGAGCAGGAAUGAUUUUACAGCUCUUAAAGUGGAAACAGUGCUGACUGCGGGCUGAGGGGAAGGAGCUGGAGCCGUGAGAAAUGUAGCUUGGCUCAGGGCUACAUCAGGGAGCUGCUCCUUCAGCUGCUAAAGAUGGCAAAACACCACGUACCUCCGGCUUCUCAAUGAUUAAUGCUAUUCUCAUAACCGGUAGGGAAGAGGAUGUGAGAAAUUUUAUAAAAUUCACUUGUGGAAAUGUUAUCAUCCGAGAAAGUGGAGAAAAUUACUAGACUUGAACUUCUCUUCGUUUUGAUGCUUUUCUUCGCUGGACCAACUCUAGGCAAACUGACCAGGACCCCCUGGAAGGGCAAACCUUGGAAGGGGGGAUCUCGUCUUCGUCAAGAAGACUUUCCCCCCAGGAUCGUAGAACACCCUUCUGACGUCAUCGUCUCCAAGGGAGAGCCCACCACUCUGAACUGUAAAGCAGAGGGCCGGCCCACCCCCACCAUCGAAUGGUACAAGGAUGGUGAGCGGGUGGAGACAGACAAGGAUGAUCCCAGGUCACACAGGAUGCUUCUGCCCAGCGGAUCCUUAUUCUUUUUGCGAAUUGUUCACGGACGCAGAAGUAAACCGGAUGAAGGGACUUACGUUUGUGUUGCAAGGAACUAUCUUGGUGAAGCAGUGAGUCGCAAUGCAUCUCUGGAAGUAGCAUGUAAGUAAACGCCACGGGCCUCAUGUGCUCGUUCUGCUUCUUCAUAAUAAAUAUGGUCCUUUCUCACUGAUUCUUAGGAUCUACAGAGUAAAACAUCUGAGAUAAUACAUAACCUCUUCUCUGAGGAAAUAUGGCUAGAAUACUGUCAGUAUAGGGGCUGCAUCAAUUUUGAUUACUUAAAUUUGAAUAAAGUCAAUGCUAUAUUGAAGCAAUGGGCAAUACAUAAGGCUAUUGUAAUUGUAAAUUUCAACUAUUGAUCAGAUGCGUAAUUGAGUACCAAUGUUGCACGUGUUUCCAUUACUUACAUAUACACAUAUAUGUAUGUAUACAUAUAUGUGAACGUUUGAAGUAACACCUUAUCUUAUUCUCUACAUUAUAGUAUCUCCAGUUUCUUAUAGACCAAAUUGAGAAACAGUAGGUAUGUAAGGGAGACGACAGCACAAACUAUAACGAUAACUUUGUUUUAUUUUUUUAUCGUUGACCUCAAUAUAGAACAAAUGAGCACGCUGCUGUCAGAGUUUCUAUUUUCUACACAGUCUUAAUAUUCAAAAUAAAUAAGAACUUUC